AAUGAUAUUUAAACAUAGAAAGUAAUCGUCGUCUGCUUGGCUUGGGUGCGGUGCGCGUGCGCCAUAGUCAAUGUUUUCCCAGUCCGUCGCCAGGGUUGCAUCCUACUUAGCUCUUCAACUAUUGAAUCUAGUAAUGCUGUGGUAAAUCACUCGCAGCGCAUCCCUUUUCCAUCUGGUAUAAAACAACGCAACAUUCACAAAGAAAGAGAAUUUCUGGAAAAGAAAUAUUUUAAUUCCGAUGUAUAUUAUUUUUGUUUAUAAUUUGGAAUUUCUGGUAGGAAAUUGUGGUAGAAAUAUCGACCGCCAGCAACCGACAUUGUUACAGUCUUGCUUGACUGAUUCUCUUCCUAAUCCUUCCAUCCUUUGAUUUUAAGAAGUUAAGCACGUGACUGCAAGCAAAGGAUACUAUAGCUUUAAAAUGCCGUUUAGUAUCAGAAGAUUUACACUCAGAAAUACUAGUGGACGAGAUAAGAAAUCGGAUAAUCAAGAGCAAAGAUCAUCGGUGGGUCGAGGAAUGAGAAAAUCUGCAUCUCAAGACGAACAGAAAUCGAAACAUCCUCGAAUCGGUUGCUUACCGUCCAGUAGAUCCGUCGACGUUGCCGAUUUACGAAGAGUUAACUAUACAGAUCCACUCUCUCCUAUACCGAGCGAAUCGGAUCCACAAUGGCCAGAUGAUGAAUUGCAAGAAAUGAUGAUGCAAGAUGCAAAUUAUCAGGGUAGAUACGCUCCAGUGAGAGCAGAAAGACAGGUUCCAUCGAUGUCCAAUAGAUGGCGUAAAAGUAGAGGAGAAACACGAGGACCUUAUCCCACGCAGACUCAAAACACUGAAAUCAGAAGGUCAUCUGUCCGCAGAGACGGAUCAAAAUUUCAAGACACAGACUGGCCAAUUGAAGAGAGUCAAUCUACAAGCAGUAGCAGUGGUGGAGGCAUCCACAGUCGUGCAAGACAUCAAGCUCUUCCUCAUCCAAACGUCCCUACAAUUCUGCACUCCCCAUCUGGCGGCCAGAGGCUGGAAGCUGCAGAUGGACAUAGACCAUCGAGUAGCCAAGCAAUGAAGAGGUCUCAAGUUCGUAGACAUCAUACAAUUACAUCAGAACAUCCAAUGCAUGCUCCUCCUCCAGCUCAACGCUCAAAUAUGGAUAUCGAGGUACCGUUAUAGUUUGUGUCUUUCCUUACUGUAUUUAGUUUACAAUUAAAAGUUCGGUAAUAAAGUUAUUCGUUUAUUUUUCUGAUAAUUAUAACAGUGAAGAAGAUCCUCAAAGUUCACUGUUUGAAUUGGAUACAUUUUAAUGUUUUGUAAUUUAACCGAAAUGACUUUUCUAUAGAGAUAAUACGAACGAAAAUGAUUAAAUUGUAGAGUUGUAUCUUAUUGUACCACAAGGAGGAUGCAAUAAUUUGAAAGAGUGAUUUAUUUUAAUCACUUUUAAUAAGGUAUUUAAUAAAAUAUAUAGUGUGUACGUCUCAGUCUUAAUUUUUAUAGUUUAAAUUGUCGUUUAUUUGAUGUUUUCUUUUGUAUUAAAAAGACAAACAUUAAUUCCAGAAACUAAG